AUGCGCUGCGCCUCUCCUUUCUUUCUAAACGUAUGUGCCGCCGCCACGGUGCGCGCGGCCGGGACUGUUUGGGCGACGCCCCAUGAAAGCUAUUCGUCUUCUGUCGGCGUCCUCGGAUGCAAAGUUGACACCAAUCGCAUCGCCUACUGGCCGGCUUCGGUGGACUGCACCAACAUCUGCGUAUCGUUGAGCUACGAAGGGAGGACGGUCCAUCUGUUGCGCAUCGACCAGUCCGAGGGCGCCUACGACGUGAGCUAUGAUGCGUGGAACUACCUCGUCACGGGUUAUCCGGCCACGGAGCGGCCGACGACGGGCGGCCCCGUCGCCAUGGAGUACCAGGACGCUGACCCGUCGGCCUGCGCCAGCCUGAUUCACACCGACGGCGGCAAGUUGCCGCUCAGCGCGGCCAACAGCAUGAACUACCUCGCCAGCUGUCUUGCGCAGGACAGCUGGGUCGGCAAAAACCACGUCCUCUACAACAUCCUCGACCCGAUUUGCUCGUGGGGAAACGACGAGGUCUGUACCCUCGACUGGCCGACUGCCAACCAGGCAGUCUGUCCGACGCAGCUGGGCACGCCGUCCGUCUUGACGAGCGAACCCGUCUACAACAUCCAGUACAUGACGGGGAACAAGAUCUUGGCUUCCAAUGGGCAGGUCGUCUCCAGCGGUGGCCCAAGCAUCACUUCUUCGCCUCUGGGGUUGAGUCAGAAAUCGGGUGGUCGCGUUAUGAGAGGCGAUAGGGUGCUGGUCAUGGCCAUUGGUGUGUUCACCUACUGGGUGCUUGGCAGGAUAUGA